AUGGAGAAGCGCGCCUCAACCACAGAUUAUCAUAUUGAAGCCACAACCUCAGCUCUUGACAACAAUCACAGCGAUAAAUUAACCAACCGCCAUGGAAAGCAAGCUAACGUUCAGUCGGUCGCACUCGCCGAUGCAAUCGCCAAGGAUCAGCCCAAUUACAGGUCUCUCAGCCAGUUUAAGCUGUAUGCCAUGAUGGCGUUGUGUGUACUGAAUGGUGUCAUGAACGGCUAUGAUGGAUCUGUCAUGAGCGCCAUCAACGCCAUGGGCCCUUUCCAGGACCGCUUCAAGAUCGGCACGACCGGUGAGCUGAACGGUGCGGUCUUCUCCAUCUACACCGUCGGCAACAUUGUCGGCAGUUUGGGUUGCGGCUAUUUCAUGGAUCGAUGGGGCCGCCGCGCCAGCAUGUUCUGCGGCGCAUGUUCGAUUGUCAUCGGGUCUGUCCUCCAGGCUAGCAGCUAUCAGCUCCCCCAAUUUUUCAUUGGCCGCUUCAUAGUCGGCGUCGGAACCCCCAUGUGCGCGACUUCUGCGCCCGUGUUUCUUGUCGAGAUGGCCUACCCAACGUGGCGAGGUCUGGCCGGCGGAUUAUACAAUGUCCUAGGCUGGUACAUCGGUGCGAACAUGGCUGCAUGGACCUGUUUUGGCACCAAUUUCAUUCCAAACGAUUGGUCGUGGCGCAUCCCUUACAUUAUCCAGCUCACACCGGCAACCAUUGUCCUGUCUGUGGUUUGGUUUCUCCCCGAAAGUCCGCGCUGGCUCUGGGCGCAGGGCCAAAAAGAGAGGGCAACGGCCAUAUUGACCAAGUACCAUGGUAAUGGAAAUAUUAAUUCGGCUCUCGUCAAGCUUGAGCUUGAUGAAAUUCAAGAUUCUCUAGCGGCUGAGAUUGAGCUAAAGAGCAAUAACUGGAACUACAAAGCCCUUGUCGACAACAGGCCAAACUUGUACCGAAUGUGGCUCAUUAUGCUCGUUGCAGUGAUGGCUAUGUUCAUCGGUGGCAGCGUUAUUUCUUACUAUUUGCCAGUAAUGGUUCAGGGUGUUGGCAUCAAAGAUUCCAGUCGGCAGCUACUUAUUAAUGGACUUAAUACCGUCACAUCCUUCAUCGCCGGUAUCUUUGGAUCGUUCUUUGUCGACAAGGUCGGCCGACGUCCUCUAUUCUUAUGGGGCACUCUACUCACCGGCUUGGUGUACAUUCCAAUCAAUGUGCUUGCUGCAAGGGCCGAGCAGUUCGACAAAAGUGGAAGCACCAUUCCUACAGCACAAUCAUAUGCGUUCAUCGCCAUGGUAUUCACUUACGGCAUCUUCUGGUCAUUCUGCUGGACCCCACUGCAAGCUUUGUACCCGGCUGAAAUUCUCAACAACGUGAUCCGCGCCAAGGGCAUGGGUGCCAAGGGCUUUAUCUCCGGCGUCGCCAGCUUCAUCAAUACCUAUGGAACUUCUGUGGCCCUCAAACACAUUGGGUGGAAAACCUACACCAUCUUUCUGGUUCUGCAUUUUAUCCAUCUUGGCCUGAUGUACAUGUACUGUGUGGAGACGAAGGAGAGGACUUUGGAAGAGCUUGAAGAGAUCUUUAACGAUCCAAAGCCAGUGAAGAAGAGCCUGCAAAAGACUUGGGUUGUCAUCGACGAUGGUUUGGGUGUCAAAGUCAAACACGCCGCCUGA